GUUUGGGAAAAGACAAAUUUGGAUCAGAAGGAGGGAUCCCACCCACGGGAUCAAGCUCCGUUCGUCUCCCUCACCAUCCUUCCCAAAAAUUCGUCUGUUUAGGGAAUUACCUAAGCAGGAGACAGACACAGAAAAAUAAGCUUCCCUUUCAGCCACGGUCGACCUCCAAAGAAAUGCCCUCUUCCUUUCAACCAACCUUCCUCUCGGAUUCCCCUCUUCUUUUUUUUUUUUUUUUAUUGGACUCUUCUUUUGCCACCGUUGGCAACACCAAAAAUGCAGACCAAAAGAAAGAUCCCUUGUUUUUUUCUCUCUUUUUUUUUUUUAGUGACAGGAAGAAGAGCAAACCCAGAAGGAACAACUCGAAUAAAACCCCCUUAAACUCACCGAUCCUUUCCUAUUUAUACAAAAAUCGAACGAAACCCUAAACUCCCUUCUUCUCUCCUCAUCCAAACCCUUCAAUUUUCUUCUUUUUCUUUCCACCGUUGAUCAGAUGAGGCCAAAACUGGCCCCGCAAAACAACCAAUUAAGCUGGUGUGCAUUGUUCUUCUACAGGACAAGGCGCAGAGCAGAUUGCAGAAUAGGGGCGCAGCAGUGUGCAGGCGGUUGCAGCAGUACAGGGGCGCAGGCGGCAAAGGCUGGUUCGAAGGCACGGGAUCUUGGGUGCAGAAGGCACAGGAUGCAGAGGGGAGAGUGCAGAGUAAGGCCGGGCACAGGAGCCAAGGGCGCAGAGUGCUGGAGGCAAGGCUCGGUCACAGGAGCAAAGGGGCGUAAAGUGCAGGGUUGGCUCGCGGUGAGCAAAGGGCACAGAGGUGCAGUGAGCGUGGAGGAGCAAGGCUGGUUCGGGUGUGAGGGAGGAAAAAGGUUCUGGAGGGAGAGAGAGAACGAAGACUUUUAAAUUUUUUUUUUCUUUUUUUUUUUAAUCUGAUCAAAUGGUUUUUUUUUUUUUUGGGUUUGUUUGGGUUAAAUGGGUUUGGUAUUUGGGUUUCGGUUUUGGGUUUUAGUGGGUUUUGGUUGGGUUUGGGCUGAUUUUUAUGGAGUUGGGCCAUUUGAGAUGGGUUUGAGAAAUGAGCUAGAUUUAUAGAUUAAAGGAUUUCAUCCCCC